AUGAAAUUUCUCUGCUUGCAUGGUGCUGGGACCAACUCAAGUGUCCUCGAUAUCCAAACUGGCCCAAUACGUGACGCAAUCGGCACAAAUGCCACUUUUGAGUUCUUCAAUGGAUUUUGUGAGGUAGAACCGGUUGAAGAAAUCAAGAACAUCUUCGCCGGCCCCUUCUACACCUGGUACUCCCCCGGUUUGGGCGGGAAAACUUUGACGGAAGCCAAAGCUGAGCUACUAGACCUUAUCGCUGUUGAAGGGCCAUUCGACGCCUGUCUGGGCUUCUCGCAAGGUGCCGCUAUCCUGGCUGCCGUGAUCAUAGACCAUCAGGCGCAAAACCCAUAUGGGCCCAACUUAUUCAGACUCGCCGUCUUCAUCUGCGGCGGUAGUCCGCUCCUUGUCACCAAGACACUAGAGAAGCAUGAUUCGGACUAUCAGCCUCCUGUAGAUAACAUGGCUGCGUUGACGGAACCGUGGUUGGGACCCUAUGUACCUGGACACGAACCACACCCUGAUGAGCAGUGGAAUAUUUUCAAGGCACAGAAAUUGAACGAUGCCGGCUUGACGAUCAGGAUCCCUACGGCACAUAUUUAUGGGGCAAGGGACCAUACCGUCAAGGAGAGUUUGAACUUGAGGGAUAUGUGUGACCCGAGAAGGAGAGUCGAAUUCGAUCACGGCGGAAAGCACGAGGUACCAAGAGCGACCAGAAUUGUGCAGCAGAUGGCCAUGACGAUCAGGAGAGCGGUAGAUAAGGCGAUGACAGCUCAAUAA